ACAUCCAGCUGUUCGUCUGUCAAACCAUUUUUCGCUUUGCUUUCGUGUUCUAGCAAAAUUCAAUUCAAACGCGUAAUUAAGUUGCGUUGUUGGUACAUGCUUGAAUAAUAGAAGCAUAUUGUUCAAGAAUGCAGACGGAGCGGAGGAGAUAACAAAGCGUACGCCCGAACAGUGACAGACAGAACCGAGCACAAGCAGAAGGCAGAAGCAGCAGCAACAACAGCGCGGGCCCUUUGUUGUUGUGUCUGCCACGAAAAUUGUACAUAAUUCUGUGCGCCACCCAGCCACCCCCACACACACGUGCCUCUAAGCCUCCCCCCUCUCAGCCCUUUUCGCCAUGAGCCAUACACUGGAUAAGGCGGAUCCGCCACUGCUGCAGCUCGAGGAUGAGCUGGAUCUCAUCGGAGACUUUGUCAAGGACCAAUCCGUAGCCCCACUCCUCAAUGGUUUCGACUCCAGCACGAACAGUGUCACCCAGUUGACCACAAAAGUUGAGAUUAAUACAAUUGGAGUUGGAAAGCGAAAACCCAAGAAGAAGGCAAAGAAGGAACGUGAGCCGAUGCUUCUGUCGGUAGACGACGACGACGACAACGAUGAGGAUGACAGCCAAGAUAGGACUGUGAAAGCCGGUGGGGAUGCGGCGGUGGCGGUCCAUCAGAAACCACAGCUGGAUCAGUUGCUUAUCUUGAGCGACGACAUCAACACAGAUGGCGACGACGACGACGAAGUGGAAGUUUUACUCAACCGAAACUCGUCGGGCAACGUUGCGAGCGCCGCCCUGCGCAAUGGCACCGUCAACGGUAGAGCAAAAUUCAAAAAUCACUCUGAGGAGAGCAGCGAGAGUCGUAGCUCUAGUGCCACGCCACAGCCACAGGUGAUUAGUCACAUUGCAACAACAAAGGCGACAGCAUCAGCACCAUCCUCUCCUCUGAAAUCGGCAACGCACAUUGGCAUUGGCCGUCACCCGCACGACGAGGCCGACGAUAUUUGCCUGGUGCCAGAAAUCGACUUUGAGGGCAUGUCCACGGACGCGGGCAGCGAUAAUCGGGAAUCCCAGCCACUGCUCGGAGGCGGCAGUGCCAGUCACGGAAGUCGCAUUAGUGAUCUGCUUGGAGGACUAGGCCGUGGACACGAUCAUGUUGAUUUUAUAUCGAAUACAUUUGGUGAUGAUCCGCUUUUCUCGGAGAUUGUGGCACAGGCCGAGGUGGCCAUCGAGAAUGGUGUGCUGCCAGAGCGCAUUUAUCAGGGCAGCAGUGGUUCCUAUUUCGUCAAGGAUCCCUCACAUCAAUGCCUGGCUGUGUUCAAGCCAAAGGAUGAGGAACCCUAUGGCCGACUGAAUCCAAAAUGGACCAAAUGGAUGCACAAGCUCUGCUGUCCCUGCUGCUUUGGACGUGCCUGCCUGAUACCAAAUCAGGGAUAUCUGUCGGAGGCCGGAGCCAGCCUGGUGGAUCGCAAACUCAAUCUGAAUGUGGUACCAAAGACGCGUGUUGUUCGUCUGGUGGCCGAGAGCUUCAACUAUGCCCGCCUCGAUCGACAAAAGGCUAGGCUGAAGAAGCGCAUCAAGGAGCACUAUCCGUCGGCCCAUUUUAAUCGAAUGAGUCUGCCCCUGAAGACGGGCUCCUUUCAACUGUUUGUGGAGGGCUACAAGGAUGCAGAUUAUUGGCUGCGCCGAUUCGAGAGUGAACGAAUAGAACCGGGCGUGGCCAAAUCGUUUCAGCUGGAGUUUGAGCGACUUGUCGUCCUGGACUACAUUAUACGCAACACGGAUCGCGGCAACGACAAUUGGCUGAUCAAGUACGAGGCCCCUAGAGUUAGGAGCCAGAUAGGCGGCACUGGUGGCAAGAUGAUGGGCGUUGUACUGCCAAAAAUGCCCGCAGCAAUGGGUCAGCAAAUUGUCGAUCUAAAUGAAUCGCCGCCCGACGACCUUUUGCGUCCGGUAGGGGGCAACCAAUCCCCCAAAGAGAACGGCCAGCAGGAUGGUACCAGUUUGGCCAGUAGCGAGGAGGAGCAACCCACCACAAGUACUAAGAAUAUAUCCCCCUCGUCGGAGAACAACUGGAAUAUGGUGGACACGGCAUUUAUCAAAAUUGCGGCCAUUGACAAUGGCUUGGCCUUUCCCUUCAAGCAUCCAGACUCGUGGCGCGCGUAUCCCUACCACUGGGCCUGGCUGCCGCAGGCCAAGAUCCCCUUCAGCGAGGAGAUCAAGGAACAUGUUCUGCCCCAGCUGUCGGACAUGAAUUUCGUGGAGGAAAUCUGCACAGAGCUGCUGUAUCUGUUCCAGCAGGAUCGGGGAUUCGAUAAGCGGCUGUUUGAGCGUCAGAUGUCUGUGAUGCGGGGUCAGAUUUUGAACCUCACGCAGGCACUGAGGGAUGGCAAAUCGCCCGUGCAGCUGGUCCAGAUGCCAGCCGUGAUUGUCGAGCGGUCCAGCGGCAGUCGUUUCUUUUCGUUUACGCAGCGCUUCCAGAACAAGAGUCCCUUCUUCUCCUGGUGUUGAUUGGCCAUUGGAUUGAUGCCCAGCAUAAAACCCCCACCCACCAAAAAACCAAAUCAGGGGCCCCCCCCCAGAGUCUGUUGCCUCGUCAUUGUGUCUAUGCGCUUCGUUGUUGUCUAGUUUAUCGUCAAAAGUGUUUAGUUUAGUCAUCCGAGGAACCCGAGAAAUGUAUUUUGUUUUAUUUUGUUACUGUCACACGCAAAAGUUCAUUUACAUCUCAUAUUCCUUGUUAACCUUGCAUCACGAUUAUAAAAUCGUUACUCUGUUUUGUU